CCGAGAAUGAUUGGAGCAUCCUGCCAUUACUAGGUGGGAGAGUCGUAUAUGAGAUGAAGUGAGGGCGGGUACAGAUGAUCUCCGUUGCCUCGAUGAGAAAGUGAUGUUCGUUAUUUGUGCUGCAAGAGCUGCACACCACACUCCCUCCUGUGCCAUGUGAUUUUUUAAAAAUUAAUUUUUAGGCAAAAGAAAACUGCUGGGAAGGACUUCAGGGCAAAGUGUUGAGUCAAAAUAAUGACAUGAAGACACACACACUCGGAAAAGCGGAGUCUCCCAGCAACCCCCUCUCUUCGCCACCAGGGUGCGGCAGUCUGCGAGUGUACCAUGACGCCCAGAAAGUGGCUUUUAAGAUGCAUUCUAAUAAUGGCCACAUUGCAGGCAAUGGCUCUCACACCAUGAAGGAGCAGAUCACAAACGGAGACAAUACAUCAUGCAACAGCACUGAGCAAAAGUUCAGUAUGAGGGAUACCAAAGCUCAAAGGAUCUCCAUGUGGACUGUGAAUUCCAGCACACAGGCCUAUUCAGGUCCAGAAGACAAUUCCACAGACCCACCAGAGACCCUGACCGAGACCUCCACUCUGAACUUUGUUGACGGGCACACCUUGGAGGAACAAGGAGAGAAUCACAGCCUUUAUGGGGUGACAAUGGUUUAUCUGAAGGAAUUUGUGCUGAUAGAUGACGAUGAUGAUGGUGACAUGUCCCUAAGAGAGAAAACGGUGAAUAACUUGACUGUCAUGGAUGGGAAAGCCGCGGACCUGGUGUGUGGAAGAUUGGUAAACACUUCCAGCGUCCUGGGGUGCCACCGGAAGGGUGAAUCGUCACCUUCUGAAGAUCCGCUUCCUGAGCACAAGACUUCACGGCAAAGUCAACAUUGCUGCUACUGCGUCAUUCUAUGA